AGCAACGACAUGACUAACAACAUGUUUACAGAACAACUAACGAGUCAGUUAAAGCAGCAAUCACAUGACCAUGAGUCAUCUAAUUCCUCGCAUCAGAUAUGACGCGUACUUGGUGCAAAACACUCUAUGAGAAGUUAGCGGUCUCCAUAGUGACGAGAUGUUAGCAGCGAAGUUUCAGGUCACUGCCGUCAGACAGGAAUCUGUGGUUUCUGCUUUCAUUAAUGUCAACAGGAAGUCUACAGUUGUGUAGCGAUACUAAUAGGUUCAAUUGAACUGUACAGACAUACAAAGCCGUAUUUCUAAAAGUCCCUAGACAGAGGACUUGAGAAUGUGGCAAAGCUGUUUUUAAUGUAUAUCAAUCAUAUAUGUCAAGGUCAGGAAGCAGAGUUGGAAGAGUCAGCGAUGAAGUAUCAGCUCAUGAUGGGAUCCUUCCGGCGCGCCAGACCUCGAAUCAUGAGUUCACCGGCUCUGGCAGAUCUGGCCCGGUUUCACGCCAGCUCCCCCGCAGCACAGAUCUCCAACAGCAGCGUGUGGAGCAGCGUCCACUCUGCUGUAGCCAAAAUAUUCCAGGGCGGGGCCCUGCAAGUGAAUGAGCUCUACACUCUGAAUGAGAGCAUCAGGUUUCUACUCAGAACAGAAAUGGGCUCCUUCAUCUGUGAAUACUUUCAGAAUCAGGUGCUGUCUCAGGGUCUGUAUCUGCUUCUGGACCAGGUUUUGUGUCAGUCUGAGGAGAAGCAGCUGACUGUCCUGGGAGAAGUGUGGGACCAGUUCUUCACGGAGACGCUGCCCACCCUCCAGGCCAUCUUCUACCCGGUCCAGGGGCUGCAGCUGUCCAUCAGACACAUCUGUCUCUUGUCCUUCAGGGACUUGAUCGUAUUGAAACUGCCUCUGGAGGACUUUUUGAGUACUACAGCAUCUGUCCCCUCUUCUGUCACUCAAAUGCUGCUGGUCCUCCAGGGGGUUCACGACUCCACUGGCCCCGGCCCUCAGUAUCGUCAGUUGGAGCGCCUGGUGAAGAUGAUAGUCUCGCCGUAUCUGAGCAACACUGACGACAGAAGUCAGCAGACAUCAGAUUCUCACCAGCUGAGGAAAGACCAGCCCGAGAUCAGUGUCACACCUCCACGCGGCAUCGGACCGACAAAAUAUCUGGCGCCCCUUGUGGAGCACGAGAGUGGAGCGUAUCUGAACAAAUGUGCAGGAGCUCGACGGCACACCGUUGCCAACGCAGGCUCUGACGUGUAUCGCCUGUCCAUGAAAUUGCAGGCGGGGACGAGCAAGGUCAGUUCCAGAGGGUUCUCCAACUGAUGGAGUGGACAGGACUGGCAAACUCCAGCAUUCAAAUCCAACCUUUAGAUUGACAUUUCUGACUCCAUCUUGUCCAUGAAAGUUUACACUAAAGUCUGCUGACUGCGAAUGACUCCAGCACAUAGCACCACUGAAAUGAACAGUGUGAUGUUAAGAGUGUUGUUGAGGUUGUCUUUUUUUUUUCCAUGGACAUUUCAACAUGUGAUGGACAGAGGUUUUUGCCUCAGCUUGCGUCCUGCCUUGACUUGACUGAGACAUUUUCAAUGAAUGUAUGAGCCUGUUUUUUUAAAAACGGAAAAAAAAAAUCAUUGUGGUUGACCUUGAUGGACAUGCUGUACCUCCUUGUUUUGAUCCCCCGGGUCCAAUGGCUCCAUGUGACCAUUUCUCGUCUGAGCUGCUGCUCUUCAGGGCGACAUUCUCCAGUGUUUACCCAAGAGAUUAAGCGUUAAAUCGAACAGCAGACUCCCAUCCUCAUUCUUCGACCCCCGCCUCCCCGAGUGCUGCCUCCUCCACUGUUUGUUCACUGACUUAUUGACCACUAACCCAAUUGUGAGGUUUAGUGCCAUUAAUCCCUUUAUAA